CCUCACCUGACCCGGAAGUAGAACUCUUCGACAUCUGCUCCCUCAGCCAGACUGCUUGUGUCUGGGGAGGAGCUGUCUGUGUUUCAUGGAACCCCAAGGAAUUGUCAAAGCUUUCCCUAAACGAAAGAAAUCAAGGGAUGCAUCACAGAAGGUAGUGCCUCCAAAGGUACUGAAAGAUGAAACUAGGAACAAACAAGGAUGGUUGGAGCCAGUCACAGCCUAUGUUCUGCAAGCUGGAAUUGGUCAGGCCAGGGCUGAGAUCUUCCAGAAGCAGAUCCUCCAGAAUGGGGGAAGCGUCUGCAGCCAGCUUUUUCCAGAGGUGACACAUGUUAUAGUGGAUGAGGGCAUGGACUGUGAGCGGGCUUUCCGGCUCCUCAGACUAACCAAACUACCCAGGGGACUGCAACUGGUAAAGGCAUCUUGGAUGAGUUCAUGUAUUUCAGCACAGCGGCUUUUGGACACUACUGGCUAUAGCCUCUUCAUUCCAGAGAAAUAUCUGGAUGUAGCAGGCCAUUCAAAGAGGCAUUCACAAUAUCUGGAUGAAGAGAUGAUCCACCUGCCCAUGGAGAAUGAAGUCAUGGAGCUAAAAGCUGAAUCACAGUCAGGAGCCAACGUUCCCUGCAGUGUUGUAGACUCUUCAGGACAGCAAGAAGACAAAGGGAUGUUCUCAGAUGAUGAAGGAACUGAAGGGGAGGAACGUAUUGUCACCCUGGGAGAACUAGAAGCACUGAAGUCAGGCCAACAGCUUAACACUUUUGCACCAAGCAUUCCAACAGUGCUUCCCACUAGCAAGUGGGUUUGUGCACAGUCCUCUGAAAGCAAGAAAAUGAAUCAUAAUCAGUGCAUUACAGAGAAGCUGGGAUUGAUGGAAAAAGCCUAUUCUGUCCAGGGCGACAAGUGGAGGGCUUUAGGUUACUCCAAAGCCAUUAAUGCACUCAAGAGCUAUCACAAGCCAGUCACCUCUUAUCAGGAAGCCUGUAAGAUCCCUGGAAUUGGGAAGAAGAUGGCAGAAAAGAUUAUAGAAAUCCUGGAGAGUGGACACCUUCGAAAGCUUGACCACAUCAGUGAGAGUGUGUCAGUACUGGAAGUCUUUUCUAAUAUUUGGGGUGCAGGAGUGAAGACUGCUCAGAUGUGGUAUCAACAGGGUUUCCGUACUCUGGAUGACAUCCGUGCUAAGGCCUCUUUAACCAGCCAGCAGGCCAUUGGCUUGAAGCACUACGAGGACUUCUUGGAGCGCAUACCAAGGGAAGAAGCUGCUGAAAUAGAACAGACAGUUAGAGAAGCAGCACAAGCUAUCCAACCUGGGCUAGAGUGCAUAGCAUGUGGCUCAUUCCGGCGGGGAAAAUCCACCUGUGGGGAUGUUGAUGUGCUUGUGACUCACCCCGAUGGACACUCCCACCAAGGAGUAUUUAGGCGACUACUUGACUGCCUCUGGAGGAAAGGCUUUCUUACAGAUGACUUGGUGAGUCAGGAAGACAAUGGAAACCAGAAGAAGUACCUUGGAGUCUGCCGUUUGCCAGGCCCAUACAGGCGCCACCGUCGUCUUGAUAUCAUUGUUGUGCCCUACAGUGAGUUUGCAUGUGCCCUGCUCUACUUCACUGGCUCAGCCCACUUCAAUCGCUCUAUGCGAGCUCUGGCCAAGACCAAGGGCAUGAGUCUGUCAGAGCAUGCCCUCAGCAGUGGCGUGGUACGUGGACAUGGUGGUCUCAAAACAGUGCUGGGCCUUGCUCUGCCCACCCCUACUGAGAAGGAUGUGUUUAGCCUUCUGGGUCUACCUUACCGGGAGCCACAUGAGAGAGACUGGUGAAAAAAGGGAAGGAAGCAGAUCCAGGAUGCCUCCCAAAUAGUGUGCUUGCAUGUCUUGAAGACAAAUACGUAUGACUCACUGUGUACCAGACCUGUAGAACUGUGUGAUGUCUUUAGCAAAUAGUUUCAGGUACUAAAAGAGGGGUCUUUCUGAGAA